CAAAACUGCUCAACUGGUAUGAAAGCAGCUGCCUCUUUACUUGUGUCUUUCUGCUAGCCAUUGAGUUUUUGACAGUGUCUGUGUAUUAAAUCAAGUCAGGAAUAUUCUAGUGAUUGAUUAUUUCUGUAUAACUUCUCCUUUCAUUGUGUUGAUUGUGUAAAGGUAAAGAAUGGAGGAUUCUAUGAACGAGGACAAUAUCCACCUUGGUUGUGCUCUGGAAUUUUUCUCGGAGUAUGAAGAAGUAACUUCCAUGGUGGAGAACCUUCAUCACAUUUAUGCAGAUGCUAGAAAAUUCGAAAGCAGCUAUGACAAGUUUCGGUACAUCAUGAAUACCUAUCAGGAACAACCUCACCUUUUAGAUUCACAUCUCGAUUCGUUACUUCAGCAGAUAUUCCAGAUAGUGCGGAACAAAGAUCAUCCAGUAGAGCUGAAGCACAAAGCAUUCAAGUACCUUUAUUCCAUCAUUAAAGUCAGAGGCUUCAAAAUAGUCGUUAAUCACCUGCCACAUGAGGUGGCUGAUCUCGAGCCAGUUUUAUCGUUACUUGAGGAGCAAGAUCCGACCGACAAGAACAGCUGGGAGACUAGAUACUGUUUAUUAUUGUGGCUCUCUAUCAUUGUAAUGAUUCCUUUCAAUAUGUCCUGCUUUGACUCUGGUGAAGGUAGCGAAUCAACAUCAAUGACAGAAAGGAUUUUAAAAAUCAUCAAGCAGUAUUUAAUGGUAUCUGACAAGUGCUGUGAUGGAGCCGUUUUUCUGAGCACAAAGUUUAUCAAUCGAGCUGACAUAAAGACCACGCAUCUCGCCGAUUUUUUGGAUUGGGCCAUGAGUUUAAUGACUGCUAGCAACCAGGAGGGCAAAAAUUCUCAAGACACAGCAGCUGUCUGGAAGAGAAUUGGUCCUCUAUCUGCUGUUGCAGCCAUUCUGAAGCAUGGGAAACGUGAAGAUCUUCUCCCUUUUGCCGUACCAAUCAUUAAUCGAAUGGAACAAGCUAAUUACAAGAAUGAUAACUAUCGUUUAACUCAAAAACAUUGCAUCAAGAUUAUUCAGAGAGCAGGUUUAACUAUGCUUCCGAUUCAAAUUGCUGUUUGGCGGUAUAAACGAGGAUGUCGAUCUUUAGCUGUCAAUUUAAGUGGGGGUGACCCCGGAGCAAGUUUGACGAACAAUGAAAUAGAUUCAAAUGAAAGUGAAGGUGACAGUAAUAUUCAUAUUCCAGAUGAAAUCGAGCAAGUUAUAGAUACACUCCUUGGAGGCCUCACAGAUUCGGAUAUUACCGUCAGGUGGUCAGCGGCGAAAGGUGUGGGACGCAUCACAAACCGACUGCCAAAAUAUUUUGCUGAUGAAGUUGUAGCAACCAUAUUGGAUCUCCUGAAUCCCAAAAAAUCAAACACAGCAUGGCAUGGCGCUUGCCUUGCUCUAGCAGAAUUAGGAAAAAGAGGUCUGCUGUUACCUGAACGACUAAAGGAGGUGGUGCCUUUGAUAGUAAAAGCUUUAGUUUACGAUGAGCCUCACGGUGCGAUAACCGUCGGUUCGUCAGUCCGCGAUGCUGCAUGCUAUGUUGCUUGGUCAUUUGCUCGAGCGUAUGAUGUGGAACUUCUCCGACCGUACAUCAAUCAAAUAGCCAGUGCCUUACUAGUCGUAACUUGUUUUGAUAGAGAGAUAAACUGUCGGAGAGCAGCCUCCGCAGCUUUUCAAGAACACGUCGGAAGACAGGGCACAUUCCCUCAUGGAAUCGAUAUUCUAACCAAUGCGGAUUACUUUGCAGUUGGUGUUCGGAACAAUGCUUAUCUGAAAAUAAGUGUUUAUACUGCCCAGUUUGAGGAAUACACCUUUACCUUGAUAGAUCACCUAGUCGAAAAGAAGCUGAACCAUGUUGAUAUUGCCAUCAGAGAACUCGCUGCCAAGGCUCUUCAUAACCUAACCUCCAAAGCUCCUGAGUAUAUGAGCAAGCAAGUUCUUCCGCAGGUUUUUAAGAAGGUAGAUUCUAUCAAUUUGAACGAACGACACGGAGCUAUCCUGGCUGCAGGAGAAAUAUUUCUUGGACUUGCGUUGGAGGAUCCUACGUUGAGUCUUGUGGCACCAGAAUUGAUCAGCAAAGCAGGGCAGUUAGUUCGCUCAAUCGAAGAAAAACAGCAGUUUAAAGGCUACAGCGGAGAGUUGAUGAAACAAUCUUGUUGCUGUUUCAUUCAAAGGUGUUCUCAGGCAAAACUUCAAUUUCAGUCCCUUGAAACGAUAAGUGACUGGCAGCGGUUGAUCAAUGAAUGUUUGUCUCACGAAGUCCCACUCAUCCGCACACAUGCCACUGAGGCCUUGGCAGCUCUCAUGUCCGAAUAUUAUGUCAACGAUUCUACAAAAAUCAAUACGAUCACCGAAGAGUAUACGAAAAAACUGUCCGACUCUCAUGAAGUCACAAGGAUGGGUUACGCUCAAGCCCUAGGUACAUUUGAUGCUCGGUUUUUGAAGGAUAACGAAUCAUUAAUCAUAAAUGCGCUGAUGGAUAGUUUGAUAAUCACUCCAAUCACCUCAAAAUGGUCAGAAAGUAGGCGUGAUACCAUCAAAGCAUUGACAUCACUGUGGAAUCGAACCGUCACGACUGAAGAAAAAGAUUGUCCGUCCAGAGAGGUUUUUUUAUCGUUGACCGACAAGUUUUUAGAAUGUUAUCUAGUUGGUUGUCAAGAAUACACAAUAGAGAGCAGGGGAGAUAUCGGGGCAUGGGUGAGAGAGGCGUCCAUGUCUGGCUUGCAGUCAGUUCUGGUGAAUCUAGCGUCCAUCAAACCAGAGCUCAUCAAAGAGACCCAUGUAGCAAGAGCGAUGAAAGCCCUUGCUCAACAGUCAGUCGAGAGAAUAGAAAGGACUCGUGCACAUGCUGGAAAAAUCUUCUUCUCUUUACUUCACAAUGUGCCUAGAAUUCCCCACAUUCCGAACCAUGAAGACUUACUGGAAAUCUUUGAUGCGGAGAGAUGCGCCAACAUGGAAUGGCUCAAAGUGGAGGAUGUUUUUCGUUGUUUCAUAAAACUUCUCUCCUUCAGCAGUUAUCAAUACCAUGUCAUGUUAGGUCUUAUCAUGAGUGUAGGAGGUCUCACUGAACAACUGGUGAAAUUCUCCACCGAAAGUCUUCUUGAAUUCCUACAACUUCAGUCGAAAGAAAAAUUGACUGAGCUAGCCAGUACAAUCAUUGCCAUAUUUAGGAAUAAUGUUUCUGAGGAACGGAUAACUACGCCCAUGAUGAUAUUUUUGGACCGAGUUCUCAGCUCCAAUUACUUUAGGGCUGUUUUAGAGGAUGAAAGCUCUACGUUUGCCCGGGAUCUGUUGGAGCUAACCAAAGCCGAGAUGGGCAACUCAAAAACUGUUCCUAGGUUAAAUAAUGUUGGCGCAGUUUUUUGUCAACUCAUUCAGGUUAGAGGCCCUGUUUCAAAACAGGCUUUAACGAGACUCUCAAUGCUUCUAUGCCACCGAUUUCUUAGCCUCCGCAAAACUGUUUCCACUAGAUUUUACGAAUCAUUAGUCAUUUUCUCCGAAGAAUGUAACCUUUCAGAAGAGAAACUCGAAGAAGCCCUGACUGUACUGAGCGAAACAGAGUGGGACAAGCUGUCGAUCAAUGAAGUGCGUGAGAUCAGAAAUAAAUUAUGUUCAAUUUUAGAUAUUCCUGUUCCAAAGGUCGUUCAAAAAGUGCAAUAGAUUGUGAUGUUUGUAUUUCCCCGCGAACAAACUUUACCUCAUGAGUCUUGGCAAAAAUAUAACUCCGCCAUAACUAACCAGUUUCCUCAAAACUGUCUGCGGAAGUCACAGGUCCCUUUAUAUGGGUAGACGAAGCAUAUGUUUGACAGGAGUUUUUAGACGAGCUAAAGUUUUAUUGCUUUGUCAUUGAUAAACUAGUGGAUACCUGGUAAAUCAAUGUGCUGGGCUCUAGAAUUGAAGUACCAGCAAGGGCAAAUAAUCCGUCAGAUCACGGAAUACUGAGGGUGAGGACAGAGAGAGAGAGAGAGAGAGAGAGAGAGAGCUUGUUUCUCUUUUCCUCAAGAAAUCUGACCUUUUUUUACUGUCAUCAAUGUUGACUUAUCACCAAAAAUGUGGUGUGUUUGAUCAUUUGGUCGUAUCCUGUUUGAAGGAAUUCAUCCUGAGCAUUUUAGUAAUUCAACAAAAAUUGUGUGAAGAAAAGUUGCCGAAAAUUUCUGGAAAAUUCUUGCAGCGGUUCUCCCAUAUAAAUCAAAUGUUAGCAAGAAACAAUGAAACAAAGCAAUUGAGAUAUGUUCCUUCCUAUGGAGACAAUAUGUAAAGAGGGGUCUACGGAAGUGGCAUUGCAAUAUAUCUUAAUGACAGGCAACUUAAUUACCCGUGGAAACACAGAAAGUUUCCUAAUAAAAAUGCAAAUUGACGGUGAAACUACUGAACGUCGUAUCUCGGUUUGCAACUUUGCAGACUUCCUGCCAUACUAUAUUUUUUCAAUUAAGAACUUCUCAACAUCAAUUUUGAAAAACUUCCAUGAUUCUUAAUCUCUCUGCAAGGCAAAUCCUGGAAAAUCUCCAAGGAAUGCCAUUGAUUUUUUUUCCUUUAAUAAAAUAAAACCAGGAGCAGAAAUGUGUAAACGGUUUAAACGAGAUUUGUGGUUGAGGAGUUUCACCGUCGAAAUGCUUAAGAAAAGACAGCCACCACUUGUGAAAUGCGUAGAACUGAGAAAGAAGUUCUGAUUUGAAUAGGGAUUGAAAAGGAGACAGGAACUAUCCAGGAAGUUCCAGACCAAAAUCUACUUAUCCAGGGGAUUUUGGAAAAAAUGUACCUGACCCUCCUGUGAGACUCUCUUCAAACUCGAAUUUAAGCUCAUUUUGAGUAAGAAUAUUCGUGUAACGGCUGUUGUUUUUUAUUUAAAAAAGUGAGCAUGUCUCACAUGAAAUAAAAAUAAUACUACACUGUAGCUGUUUUUUUUAUAUUUUGAUGCACUUUCAAAGCUUUUACUAAAUUAAUUUUUAUAACUAACUCUGUGAUAAAUUGUUCGGUACCUACCUACUUCUAGUGUUUUUACCCAAAUUUUGUAUCUCUCUUUUUUACACGUUUUCCUAAUAUAACACUCUAAAAGAGCA